UUUCAAAUUAGGGUGGGUGAGGGGAGUUUAGGAUGUAGGAGGACGUGAAAAUUUGUUGUAUAAUGAGCGGAUAUAUUAAAAUAUUGUUGAUAUACAAUGUACUCACAUGUGUUCUUUUGUCUACCUCUCAAGGUCUGAUAUGGCUUCUAGGAUGUUUCCAUGGUGACAUUAACCCUUUACUGACAACGGAAACCGUUGCGUGGUCGUUGCCAGAGAACGACAACAACGCUUCAUCAUGUGUGUUAUACUGUGAGAAAAAACGAUUUGUCUACGCCAUUAUUCAAGCAAGUAACUGCUGGUGUAGUAGAGGUAUAUUGGAAGUUGACCAGCUACUGACACACUUGGAUUCCCAGUGUCGGCCAACAAGCUCCACUACUCCACGUGGUCAUCAUGACUUUAAUAGUUGCCAUGGUAGCGAAAAAGCAGAGAUUGAAAUCCCAAAAGAUGUUUUUGGUGAUGACAAAUCAAAAACAGCAAGAAUAUAUAUAUUGGAUGGCCCCAGGUUAGAAGAUGUUAGGCAUAUUGUGAACUCAAAAGAGAUUGCUCUUGAUAUGACAUCCUUACAGGCCAGCGUCAGGGUAAUUUCUGGAGAUAAGCUAAAAGAUAUCAACUCCACUGCAGUGCCUUUCCUUUAUCUGACAGCAGAGUGGUAUAGUAGUGAUGGUUGUACGUACAAGGAACAGCUCCCUAUCCCAACUGGAACAAGCAUAUUGACCCUAAGCUCCGUUUGGCCAAGGGUAUUUUGGAGUAUAGGGGAUAUUAAAGUCGAAGUUAACUUUAACACUGGCUUUUACAACCGGUCGUCAGAAAGGGUCGUGGAGGUUAUCCAACCCAUACCCGCUGGCAUGCGCCUGAUAGUGUCUACACCUCCUGAACAGCUGAACACCCCGUCGUGUAUCCCAUCGUACAUUUCAGUCCAACCAGAACGGCCUCCCCCUAUGAUUUUUUUUACUCAACAGAGGGUGCCACUUCAGGUUUUUCUAGCCCAAGGUGCAGACUUGUCAUUUCAUUGGCACUUUAGUGAUGACGACACCACAUACGUAGAGACUCCAUCUGGCGGUAGAAAUAGUUCAUCUUGUAUUGGUGUAAGCUGCAAACAGAGUAAUGUGAAUCACACCUUUCAGACUGAAGGUUUCCACCGUAUAACUGUUGAAGUGUCAAGUCCUUUUGGAGCUCUCACUAACACGUUUUUUAUUGUUGCUGUCGACCAAAAGUUGGGGAAUCUUACCGUAUCACUCCAUCCUGACUCUAAAUCGGUUUUUCAACCCAAAAUAGUUGUGAAGUUUCUGGUUUCAGUAACAACGACCAAUCGUCUGGGAACACGACUUUCAAUGGACUUUGACGAUGGCCACACAAUAGAAGCAGAGCUUUCUGACACUCAGACUACGAACAGAAACCACAGGAGAAAAAAUGUGAUGGUGGUUGCAGACUAUGGUUUACGUUGUGAGCUUGAUUUAACUAUCCGCCAUUCUUACCAUCGAGAAGGUGAAUUUUAUCCUUCGGUUAUUGUCGAUAAUGGUUAUCUGAGAAAGAUGGCUAAGAUCAAACAAGCUGUUCGAGUGUAUCAGCUACUAGAGGGCAGAAUGAUAUUACCCGAAAAACAUGUAGAAACGGACACAACUGUGGAAUUUCGUUUUCAGACCAUUCGAGAACAGGACUCCAUUUUUCGCAGGCAUGUCCGAUGGCGAUUGUUUAAUCAGACAAACAACUUAGUUACCGAAGAGAUCAAAAAAGGUCAAAACAUGUUGUCUUGGGAGUUCCAUUUCAGGUAUCCUGGUCAGUAUCGUGUUUACGCCACUGUGCUAGGUCCUAUAAACUCUAUUAGUGAUUCGUUUAGUUUCACCGUACAAGAUAAAGUGUCUGGCGUUACCCUGACUCCAGUAGAGACGCACAUUGUCCGCUCUGGUUAUACUAUCUGUUUUAAAGCCACUUAUCGCACCGGAAGUGAUGUCUCUUGUUCGUGGGAUCUGGGAUUGAACUGUACUUCUUGUUUGCAAUCUGUCCAGUCCGAUCUCACAAACUGUACGGUCGUCGUAACUUUCCCAGUAGCAGGUUUGUUUUUGGUGUCUGUUCUAGCAAAGAACCUAGUUAGUGAGGAACGAGCUAGUUUGACCUCACCAGUGGAAGUUCAAGAAGAGGUCAGUGGACUCCACAUAAUUACCAAUUCGCCCAUCACUGCAGGGGACGUUCUUGAGUUUCGAGCCACUUUGUUACAGGGCUCAAACAUGAGAGUCAGUCUGAAGAUUCCAGAACUGAAAAUCUCUACUGAAAUGAUCGCCGACCACAAAAAAACCUUUCUAUUAAAACGCCGUCUUGAUGAAGCUAACCAAUACAAUGUCACUGUUGUAGCAGCCAACGACGUGUCAGAAGUGACCACAUAUACUGUCGUUUUUGUUGAACGACCUUUCCAGACUGUUGGCAUAGCAACAAACGGAUGCCGGGUGACUCAUCGACGCAUUCGGCUAAUUGCAAUCGUUGAUGGAAGCAUAAUUACCAAGAGUGUUCUUCAGGAAUCAUAAUUACCAAGAGUGCCUUCUUCAGAAAUCAUAAUUACCAAGAGUGCCUUCUUCAGGAAUCAUAAUUACCAAGAGUGCUUUCUUCAGGAAUCAUAAUUACCAAGAGCGUUUUCUUCAUGAAUCAUAACUACCAAGAGUGCUUUCUUCGGAAAUCAUAAUUACCAAAAGUGCUUUCUUCAGAAAUCAUAAUUACCAAAAGUGCUUUCUUCAGGAAUCAUAAUUACUAAGAGUGCUUUCUCCAGGAAUCAUAAUUACCAAGAGUGCUUUCUUCAGGAAUCAUAAUUACCAAGAGUGCUUUCUCCAGGAAUCAUAAUUACCAAGAGUGCUUUCUUCAGGAAAUAUAAUUACUAAGAGUUUUUUUUUUUUAAAGAGAAUCAAUCAUGACGAAUUUGUACUCAUUGUAUUGUAGAACAGAAGUUCAGAGAAUGCAUGAUCUCGUUUCCGUGAAGUAAUUAUUCAUAUACGUUUAAAGUACAGGCCAUUCCAUAUCAAACCGUUCAGUAAAGAUGCCGCUGGAAGCAAUUCUAUUUCAUGUGACGUUUUUUAUUUGGAGAUAUUGACGUGGUCAAGUGAGCACACUUUUAACAUUGGUGACGUUAAGACUGAUUCAGUUUAAUCAUUAAGAAUGGUAUGCUGUGUCACUUGUAGUUUUGUUUUCGUUGAAUAUAAAUCAUUUAACUCUUACAGUAACGUUUGAUUUCUAUCAAGGUAAAAGUGUUAAUCAACCAUUAAGUAUCUCAGCAAGUUGUUAGUGUUGUGUUGGUCAGCUAUAAUAAUGGUAUUGUUGGUCAUUUUGAGUAAUUUGUCUUCGGAAGUGUCACGAAAUGAUAAGGUAUCGAUCGAUAUAUAUAGAACUGAGGAUUAACUGCAGUUAUAUACAGCGUGGUCAUAACUUGAAUAUACACCAAGAACGACCAGACAAAAAUAAAAACAAUCGGACAUUUAGCAAGGUCGGGGAAUUAAUAUUUUAUCAUGGAAUAACUAAAUCUACAAAGAAAGAAAGAAAAAUAAACCGUUAUAUUACGAGAACGACUUGAAAAUAUUUAUUGAUAUUAGCUUGAAAAUGAAAAUCGUACUGAUCAGAAUCGUGCUUUAUAAAAACUGAAGAAAUCACAGAGUCAGCAUUAAACUUCUAUGUUUUUAAUAUCAACAUUCGAUCAGAGCAAGCUUACCUACACAAAGCACAACUAAAAAAUCAACCCGCUAAUGAGUAUAGCUAAUUAAUAAGUAUAUUUUCCUGACAUUCCUUUAAAUAUUAGACUGCAUUUGUUAAAAUGAAGCCUUCAGUAGACUUGGAAAGGAGAAGGAAAACAA